AUGCGGAUUGAAAACGACGAUUAUGGCUUAAUUAGAGCAGAAGAAAUUGCUUUGAAACGAGCCUUAUAUGCCUCAUUAAGAGAACAGCAAGAUCAGAAUGGUAAUGAAGAAAGUAAAGAGCAACCUCAGAGUCAUACCGAUGACAUAAUUGAUAUCAUAUCGGAAGAUGGACAAGACAGAUCAAGUGUUACUCCUAAUAAUAGUGAAGAUGACUAUUCUGAUAAAGAUAAAGAAUACGAUACUUCUCCUAGUGGUAAAAUAAAUCGAAAAUCACCGUUUGAAAAAAUAACAAAUAGUCCAAGAGCUCAACGUAAAUAUCCGUCGAAUAGAACAUGCUCUCAAGCAAAGACAUGUUUAUCAUUAAAGUACAACAAGGAAACAAACCAAAAUGGAAGCAAAGUAUACACCGAAGAUCUAGUGAACUUUCUUUGUUACAAAGAAUAUCCUAAAUUACCAUCUUCAUUAUUAAAAUUGAAGAGUUCUACCGAAACAAAUAUGCAAGGUCAUAUUAACGAAAAGAGGACUAAAAUAGUAAAACCUGAUACGACAUCUGUUGUUUGCAAUUCCCAACAUGACCUUAGAAUAGAUGAUAAAAGUUCUUCAAAAACGGAAACUAGUCCAUCAUCUACCUGCUUACCUUCAGUUGCAAAUAAUAUCGAGGAGGUAUCAUAUGAAUCUUCAUCUAGAAAGCGUAAAGAAAGUAAACAAAGGCAUCGAGAAAUUGUAAAUAGAUUGGAGGCAUGUUCAUCGUCGGAAUACACCUCGACAACUUCAACGUUAAUGUCUGAAAUAUAUCCUGCCACCUCUUUAGCUAGUAUCAAUCCGGCUCUGUUAUUGAAACCAACGCCAUUGUAUCCAUUUCCACCUCCAGUUGUACAUCCUUCUAAUUCACCGACAUUUUCAAACUAUCCUUUGUACAAUUAUCCUUCUGUGCCUCAACCUUAUUCGUACAUGCAAUUAAAUUCGUGCCCGGAUAAUGCCAAACCCAUGGUGCAUUCAAUGCCAAUGAAAAGCAAUGAGUAUAUUCAAGUUCCUAAAAAAAGAAAAAGUAUGGAAUAUGAUAAUUCAGAAUCUGCAAAAUUAGUAAAAAAUAAUAAAGGUCGUGUAGCUAAGGUUACCAACCAGGGUAGCUUUAAUGAUCAAGAAAAACUUGGAAAAUCCUUCUUAGACCAAACCAAAGAAAAAUAUGAUAAGGAAGGCAGUAUAGAAAUUGGAAUGGAAACUCCUUCACACUCGAAAGUUUACGAUAAUAAGAUGCAUAAGACCAAACAACGCAGAUCGACCGAAUUGACUGUAACGAAAACAACAGUGGAAGCACCGACAUUCAAGCCUAGUAAGGAAGAAUUUUCCGAUCCUGCCAAUUUUUUAGAUUCGAUAUGUUCGCGAGUUAAGGAAUAUGGGAUUUGUAAAAUUACUCCACCAAAUGAUUGGGAGCCUGAAUGUAAAGUCAAUGAUAAUAUCCACUUUACAAGUAAUGUGCAAUACGUUGAACAAUUAUUUCAAAGAUUUGGUCCUAAUUCGGAACAGCUAGAUUGCAUAAGGAAGCAUUUAAUGAAAGAAGGCAUAGAAUUAAAGCAGAUUCCAUCACUUGGUGGAAUCGAUAUCGAUUUACCGAGGCUUUCGAAAGUAAUCAAAGAACUUGGUGGAUUACAGCAGGUUAUUAAUAAAAAUAAAUGGAAUAAAGUAUGUGAAGCUUUAUACAUACCGAAAACAGUACCUCAUCGUGUAACCAAAAUACAAGAUGAUUACUACAAAUAUUUGCUAUCCUAUGAUAUGUUAGAAGACGAUGAAAAAACUAAUAUUUUAGAAUUUUGUCGAAAAGAGGAAGAGAAAACGAAAGACAACGAUCCAUUGGAAAUAGAUUUAUGUGACGUACAGGGUCGUAGCUUUGCACUGUCGUCAUUUCGGCGCAUGGCUUAUAAUUUCUCUGAAACAGUGUCAAAAACUAAACAUUUACCGAAGCAACUAGAGAACGAAUUUUGGAAAUUAGUCGAGAAUCGUGAAUUCCACGUUAGUGUUCACUCAGUUACAUUAGAUACCAAAGCGCAUGGCAGGCAUUCUUGGAAUUUAUGUUUACUUAAUAAAAAUAAAAAUUUUAUUUCUCAUCAUUUUGGGCCAGUAUCAGAUCUAACUACACCGCGACUAAAUAUUGGCAUGUUGUACUCUUCUACGCCCUGGAGUUUUUCUGAGUAUGGAUUUUCCAUAAUGAACUAUUGCCAUACAGGCUCUCCGAGAAUCUGGUAUUGCGUUAGUUCAAGAUAUGCGAAAAGGCUCGAAAAGGCAAUAAAAUUUUAUACAUUGAAGUCUUGCAAUAAAGAAUAUCAUCCGUCAGUCCUUAUACCACCAAGUAUUUUAGCGAAAAUGGGCGUUCCAGUUUAUCGAAUUGUCCAAGAGCCGAAAGAAUUUAUUGUUAUUCUGCCUUCAGUCUAUUACACAUUCACGAAUUGUGGUUACAACUGUUCUGAAGAAGUACAAUUUGCAACUACAAAUUGGCUUACUGACGGAGUAAAGAUAUGUAAGGAGUUAAUGACGUAUAAAAAACUACAUUUUUCAAUUGAGAGAGCAAUUAUUUGUAUGUCAGCCGCAUCCCAUACUUACUUAUUCAGUGUUAAGAAAUGCGCUCAUUUUUAUUUAGAAUCUAAAACUAAACACAAGGUUGAUCCUUUAAGCCUUUUACCAAAUGAUCAAAAGUGUGGAAGAUGCGAAAAGAUUAUAUGCUUAUCUAUGGUGAUAGGAAUGGACGAAAAUAUAUGCCUCAAUGAUGCGUUGAAAGUGCUUGAGCAAGAAAAUAUAAAACGCAAUAAGUUAAGAAUUAUAUGCUACAUGAAAUUAGAUUAUAUUGACGAAUUAUUGAAGAAAUUGCAAAGCCGAAUUGAAUAG